AUGGAGGCUAUAGCAAAACACGAUUUCACUGCAACAGCGGAUGAUGAACUCAGUUUCAAGAAAAAUCAGGUUCUCAAAAUACUAAACAUGGAGGACGAUAUGAAUUGGUAUAGAGCAGAAUUGGAUGGAAAGGAAGGUCUUAUCCCUAGUAAUUAUAUUCAAAUGAAAAAUCAUAGUUGGUAUUAUGGUAGAAUAACAAGAGCAGACGCUGAAAAACUACUAGCAAAUAAGCCAGAAGGUGGAUUUCUCAUUAGGAUUAGUCAAUCAAGCCCAGGAGAUUUCUCAUUAUCAGUCAAAUGCCCAGACGGCGUCCAGCACUUCAAGGUAUUAAGGGAUGCGUCGAGCAAAUUCUUCCUAUGGGUGGUGAAGUUCAAUUCCCUAAAUGAGCUGGUGGAUUACCACCGCACCGCCUCAGUUAGCCGCCUCCAAGAUGUCAAACUUCGCGACGUUGUUCCUGAAGAGAUGCUCGUUCAGGCUCUGUACGACUUCACACCACAAGAGGCUGGUGAGCUGGAGUUCAGGCGAGGCGAUGUCAUCACGGUUCUAGAUCGCUCGGACCAGCACUGGUGGCAGGGUGAGAUCGCGCACCGCCGCGGUUUGUUCCCGGCGUCGUACGUGACCGCGUAUCACUCAUAG